AUGAAGCUCAGCAAAUCGCUCUUUUUCUCUACCCUCCUAGCCGGUUUCGCGGCAGCCAAAGGUCCAAUUAUGGAACUCGAAGGGAACUUCGAUUUCGGCCAUGACCACUCCCACGAGUCAUACGGGCACAGCGGCGGUUACGGCUACGGCUACGGCAAUGGUUACGGCAAGCCAGACGGUUCUUGGAACAACCCCUCAUCUUCGAAGGAUGUCCCCGCAGCAGCCAACUCCUACAUCAUUGAGGAACCUUCUGAAGCAUCCUACUACCCGCAAACCACCUUCCCUCAGCCGACUGAAACCCCGAAGAGCGAUUCGGACGAUGGCAAGUAUCCUCCGGUCGAGGACUACGGACAGUUUGAACCUACUCCUACCGGCUCUUUCUACUUUGAGGACAACGGGGAACCUACUCCAACUCCGGUUGCCAGCGUUUACGAUGACAGCUAUCCGGCGGCUCCCACAUCACCGGGCUACCAAUACAACCAGACAUCUCUUCAUCCAAGUGGUGGUCCUUAUUCGGAGACUAUCGUGAGUGCUGGUUCUGGGCGUGCCGGGCUUAAAUUUGCUGUUACCCUUGCGGCUGCGGUUGCUGCUGGAUUGGGGCUGCUGUAA